GUUAUUUUGUCUCCAUUUUCUUCUUAAAUGUCUGUCUCUCUGUAUAAUUGUCACAUUCUUGGAAGGGGUGGUUGGCCACUGUUCUUGCCUGUGGAUUAACGUGGUUUCUCUCGAUUCAACAAUCAUUAUAAUAAUUCAUUCUUAUUUCAAUCUUCAUCUUCUUCGCUUAGUUCCUCUCAAAGGGGUUAUGGGAAAUCCCCCUUCUCUCAACCCUUUUGAGUUUCGAACAUAUUAAAGAAGAAUCAAAAGCUUGAGUGUUCAAGUGUUUUGAGAGGAGAAGCAAUGGAUGGUCUCUCAGAUCUUGAGCCCGAUUGCUCUGUUUUUGUUGAAGUUGAUCCCACUGGCAGAUAUGGCAGAUACGAUGAUGUUUUGGGGAAAGGAGCUUCGAAAACAGUUUACAGAGCAUUUGAUGAAUAUGAAGGAAUCGAGGUCGCUUGGAAUCAAGUGAAACUCUAUGAUUUCUUGCAAAGUCCUGAAGAUUUGGAAAGGCUUUACUGUGAGAUUCAUCUUUUGAAAACAUUGAAACACAGAAAUAUUAUGAAAUUCUACACUUCUUGGGUUGAUAUUGCUAAUAGAAACAUCAAUUUUGUUACUGAAAUGUUCACUUCUGGUACUCUUAGACAGUAUAGGUUGAAGCAUAAGAGAGUUGAUAUUAGAGCUGUGAAGCAUUGGUGCAGGCAGAUUUUGAGGGGGCUUCAUUAUUUGCAUAGCCAUGAGCCUCCUGUGAUCCAUAGAGAUCUCAAGUGUGAUAAUAUUUUUGUUAAUGGGAAUCAAGGGGAGGUUAAGAUUGGUGAUCUUGGACUUGCUGCAAUUCUCAGGAAAUCUCAUGCUGAUCAUUGUGUGGGGACACCCGAGUUUAUGGCUCCAGAAGUGUACGCGGAGGCGUACAACGAAUUAGUCGAUAUCUAUUCAUUUGGAAUGUGCAUGCUGGAGAUGAUAACUUUCGAGUAUCCAUACAGCGAAUGCACUCAUCCCGCUCAGAUCUACAAGAAAGUCAUAUCUGGGAGAAAACCAGAUGCCUUGUACAAAGUGAAGGAUCCCGAAGUGCGACGGUUCAUCGAUAAGUGUUUGGCAACCGUUUCGCUUAGGCUAUCGGCAUCGGAGCUUUUGAAUGAUGCUUUUCUUCAAGUUGAUAAUGGCGAAUAUGAUCUAAGAACUGUUGAUUAUGACAGCUCUUUUUGUAAUGGAUAUCCAUAUGAUUAUAGUUUUGAAGCUUCAAGUGAGUCAGUUGAUAAUGGCGAAUAUGAUCUAAGAACUGUUGAUUAUGACAGCUCUUUUUGUAAUGGAUAUCCAUAUGAUUAUAGUUUUGAAGCUUCAAGUGAGUCAGGUUAUCAUCCAAUUGAUACUGAAACCAAUGGCAUUGAACUUUUUGAGUAUUGUGAAGGUGAACACUCUGAUGAUGUUGAUAUCAGCAUCAAAGGGAAGAUGAGAGAAGGUGGUAGCAUCUUCUUAAGACUCAGAAUUGCAGAUAAAGAAGGGCGUAUCAGGAACAUUUAUUUCCCGUUCGACGUCGAGACGGAUACAGCAUUGAGUGUUACGAGGGAAAUGGUUGCAGAGCUGGAUAUUACAGAUCAAGACGUAACGAGAAUUGCUGAUAUGAUCGACGGGGAAAUCGCUUCCUUGGUGCCUGAAUGGAGGUCGGGUUCGAGGCAAAGCUAUUGCCAUAAUUGUGCUACUGCUACUUACAACAAUGCCAUAAUUCAGAACUCUGAGGUAGCUCCAUGCUGUGGACAUCGACAUGCUUCGAUUCACGGUCGUUUUGAGGAGAUAAUGUAUCAAGCUGACGAGUCCGAGAAUCAUACAGCAGAGGCUGCAGAAAAUGUGUCGAGCCUUUCUGUUUGCUUGAAUUAUCCCGAAACGUGGGGACGUCGUGAAAGCCAUGAACUUAGUUCAAUGAGCUCAAGACAUAGCCACUCGGAUGAAGAUUACGAGAAAAUAGAACGAUCAGUUACAGUCACGGACACGAAAGAAGUGAUAAUCGAACGUAAAACUGCUCUUAACACGAGACGCUCGCUUCGGAGCCUAUUGAAUUCCCCUUCAUUAGAUGAUGUUCAACAAGAAAUGAGAUGGAUUAAGGCCAAGUACCAAAUAGAAUUAAGCAAGCUCAGAGAUGAUAGGUAUGCUCGAGACACGAACCGAAGUAGUACCGAUAGCCAUGUUUAUACAAAUAGUAGCUGUUGCGGUACAGACUCGGAAAGAGCUCGAAAUCGCAAGGCCAUGGAGGCGGCCUCCAUUGUGGAGAAGGUAGUCACUGCUAAAAAUGCCUGCACUGGUUCAUUGCUGCCAAGCUCACUUCAUAGAACUAUCUCUCUCCCAGUUGAUGCUGUGAAUAUGUAACAAUGUAAGGUCAAUCCUUGUAUUCUUUUAUGGAUUCCUAGCCCUAAAUCAAGUCGAAUAAACAAGUAAAUAAAUAAAUUACAUUUACCAUGACUGGGUUCGCACACGUCAUGUUUCUGUA